CCAGGCCCGUCCUCGGCUGGCGGAGGGAGGGAGGCCUACAACUCCCAGGAUGCCCUCCUCCCCAGACGGGUCUCCACGGGGCGCCUCACGGGCCUGAAGGCCUGCUCCAGUGGUUUCUCUUCAUCUGUUUAUCCCGUUGUGUUUACAUUGUCCAUCUGCUCUGUUGUUUAUGGGAUUUUAAGACCCCUGCCGUGUCUUCUGUUGGUCAAGGGGCUUCUCUGGGCCAAGUCUGGUCCCAGUCCAUUGUCCAUGGGGGUCACAGUUUCUCUGAAUGUGGGUGGACUAUAACUCCCAGAACCAAGGCCCAUUCCCAGUGACCCCUGCCGUGUCUUCUGUUGGUCAAGGGGCUUCUCUGGGCCAAGUCUGGUCCCAGUCCAUUGUCCAUGGGGGUCACAAUUUCUCUGAAUGUGGGUGGACUAUAACUCCCAGAACCAAGGCCCAUUCCCAGUGACCCCUGCCGUGUCUUCUGUUGGUCAAGGGGCUUCUCUGGGCCAAGUCUGGUCCCAGUCCAUUGUCCAUGGGGGUCACAGUUUCUCUGAAUGUGGGUGGACUAUAACUCCCAGAACCAAGGCCCAUUCCCAGUGACCCCUGCAGUGUCUUCUGUUGGUCAAGGAGCUUCUCUGGGCCAAGUCUGGUCCCAGUCCAUUGUCCAUGGGGGUCACAGUUUCUCUGAAUGUGGGUGGACUAUAACUCCCAGAACCAAGGCCCAUUCCCAGUGACCCCUGCAGUGUCUUCUGUUGGUCAAGGGGCUUCUCUGGGCCAAGUCUGGUCCCAGUCCAUUGUCCAUGGGGGUCACAGUUUCUCUGAAUGUGGGUGGACUAUAACUCCCAGAACCAAGGCCCAUUCCCAGUGACCCCUGCCGUGUCUUCUGUUGGUCAAGGGGCUUCUCUGGGCCAAGUCUGGUCCCAGUCCAUUGUCCAUGGGGGUCACAAUUUCUCUGAAUGUGGGUGGACUAUAACUCCCAGAACCAAGGCCCAUUCCCAGUGACCCCUGCCGUGUCUUCUGUUGGUCAAGGAGCUUCUCUGGGCCAAGUCUGGUCCCAGUCCAUUGUCCAUGGGGGUCACAGUUUCUCUGAAUGUGGGUGGACUAUAACUCCCAGAACCAAGGCCCAUUCCCAGUGACCCCUGCAGUGUCUUCUGUUGGUCAAGGGGCUUCUCUGGGCCAAGUCUGGUCCCAGUCCAUUGUCCAUGGGGGUCACAAUUUCUCUGAAUGUGGGUGGACUAUAACUCCCAGAACCAAGGCCCAUUCCCAGUGACCCCUGCCGUGUCUUCUGUUGGUCAAGGGGCUUCUCUGGGCCAAGUCUGGUCCCAGUCCAUUGUCCAUGGGGGUCACAAUUUCUCUGAAUGUGGGUGGACUAUAACUCCCAGAACCAAGGCCCAUUCCCAGUGACCCCUGCCGUGUCUUCUGUUGGUCAAGGGGCUUCUCUGGGCCAAGUCUGGUCCCAGUCCAUUGUCCAUGGGGGUCACAAUUUCUCUGAAUGUGGGUGGACUAUAACUCCCAGAACCAAGGCCCAUUCCCAGUGACCCCUGCCGUGUCUUCUGUUGGUCAAGGGGCUUCUCUGGGCCAAGUCUGGUCCCAGUCCAUUGUCCAUGGGGGUCACAAUUUCUCUGAAUGUGGGUGAACUAUAACUCCCAGAACCAAGGCCCAUUCCCAGUGACCCCUGCCAUGUCUUCUGUUGGUCAAGGGGCUUCUCUGGGCCAAGUCUGGUCCCAGUCCAUUGUCCAUGGGGGUCACAGUUUCUCUGAAUGUGGGUGGACUAUAACUCCCAGAACCAAGGCCCAUUCCCAGUCACCCUUGCCGUGUCUUCUGUUGGUCAAGGGGCUUCUCUGGGCCAAGUCAGGUCCCAGUCCAUUGUCCAUGGGGGUCACAGCUUCUCUGAAUGUGGGUGAACUAUAACUCCCAGAACCAAGGCCCAUUCCCAGUGACCCCUGCCGUGUCUUCUGUUGGUCAAGGGGCUUCUCUGGGCCAAGUCUGGUCCCAGUCCAUUGUCCAUGGGGGUCACAAUUUCUCUGAAUGUGGGUGGACUAUAACUCCCAGAACCAAGGCCCAUUCCCAGUGACCCCUGCCGUGUCUUCUGUUGGUCAAGGGGCUUCUCUGGGCCAAGUCUGGUCCCAGUCCAUUGUCCAUGGGGGUCACAAUUUCUCUGAAUGUGGGUGAACUAUAACUCCCAGAACCAAGGCCCAUUCCCAGUGACCCCUGCCAUGUCUUCUGUUGGUCAAGGGGCUUCUCUGGGCCAAGUCUGGUCCCAGUCCAUUGUCCAUGGGGGUCACAGUUUCUCUGAAUGUGGGUGGACUAUAACUCCCAGAACCAAGGCCCAUUCCCAGUCACCCUUGCCGUGUCUUCUGUUGGUCAAGGGGCUUCUCUGGGCCAAGUCAGGUCCCAGUCCAUUGUCCAUGGGGGUCACAGCUUCUCUGAAUGUGGGUGAACUAUAACUCCCAGAACCAAGGCCCAUUCCCAGUGACCCCUGCCGUGUCUUCUGUUGGUCAAGGGGCUUCUCUGGGCCAAGUCUGGUCCCAGUCCAUUGUCCAUGGGGGUCACAAUUUCUCUGAAUGUGGGUGGACUAUAACUCCCAGAACCAAGGCCCAUUCCCAGUGACCCCUGCCGUGUCUUCUGUUGGUCAAGGGGCUUCUCUGGGCCAAGUCUGGUCCCAGUCCAUUGUCCAUGGGGGUCACAAUUUCUCUGAAUGUGGGUGAACUAUAACUCCCAGAACCAAGGCCCAUUCCCAGUGACCCCUGCCGUGUCUUCUGUUGGUCAAGGGGCUUCUCUGGGCCAAGUCUGGUCCCAGUCCAUUAUCCAUGGGGGUCACAAUUUCUCUGAAUGUGGGUGGACUAUAACUCCCAGAACCAAGGCCCAUUCCCAGUCACCCUUGCCGUGUCUUCUGUUGGUCAAGGGGCUUCUCUGGGCCAAGUCUGGUCCCAGUCCAUUGUCCAUGGGGGUCACAAUUUCUCUGAAUGUGGGUGGACUAUAACUCCCAGAACCAAGGCCCAUUCCCAGUGACCCUUGCCGUGUCUUCUGUUGGUCAAGGGGCUUCUCUGGGCCAAGUCAGGUCCCAGUCCAUUGUCCAUGGGGGUCACAGCUUCUCUGAAUGUGGGUGAACUAUAACUCCCAGAACCAAGGCCCAUUCCCAGUGACCCCUGCCGUGUCUUCUGUUGGUCAAGGGGCUUCUCUGGGCCAAGUCUGGUCCCAGUCCAUUGUCCAUGGGGGUCACAAUUUCUCUGAAUGUGGGUGGACUAUAACUCCCAGAACCAAGGCCCAUUCCCAGUGACCCCUGCCGUGUCUUCUGUUGGUCAAGGGGCUUCUCUGGGCCAAGUCUGGUCCCAGUCCAUUGUCCAUGGGGGUCACAAUUUCUCUGAAUGUGGGUGAACUAUAACUCCCAGAACCAAGGCCCAUUCCCAGUGACCCCUGCCGUGUCUUCUGUUGGUCAAGGGGCUUCUCUGGGCCAAGUCUGGUCCCAGUCCAUUGUCCAUGGGGGUCACAAUUUCUCUGAAUGUGGGUGGACUAUAACUCCCAGAACCAAGGCCCAUUCCCAGUCACCCUUGCCGUGUCUUCUGUUGGUCAAGGGGCUUCUCUGGGCCAAGUCUGGUCCCAGUCCAUUGUCCAUGGGGGUCACAAUUUCUCUGAAUGUGGGUGAACUAUAACUCCCAGAACCAAGGCCCAUUCCCAGUGACCCCUGCCGUGUCUUCUGUUGGUCAAGGGGCUUCUCUGGGCCAAGUCUGGUCCCAGUCCAUUGUCCAUGGGGGUCACAGUUUCUCUGAAUGUGGGUGGACUAUAACUCCCAGAACCAAGGCCGAUUCCCAGUGACCCCUGCAGUGUCUUCUGUUGGUCAAGGGGCUUCUCUGGUCCAAGUCAGGUCCCAGUCCAUUGUCCAUGGGGGUCACAGUUUCUCUGAAUGUGGGUGGACUAUAACUCCCAGAACCAAGGCCCAUUCCCAGUGACCCCUGCCGUGUCUUCUGUUGGUCAAGGGGCUUCUCUGGGCCAAGUCUGGUCCCAGUCCAUUGUCCAUGGGGGUCACAGUUUCUCUGAAUGUGGGUGAACUAUAACUCCCAGAACCAAGGCCCAUUCCCAGUGACCCCUGCAGUGUCUUCUGUUGGUCAAGGGGCUUCUCUGGGCCAAGUCUGGUCCCAGUCCAUUGUCCAUGGGGGUCACAGCUUCUCUGAAUGUGGGUGAACUAUAACUCCCAGAACCAAGGCCCAUUCCUAGUGACCCCUGCCGUAUCUUCUGUUGGUCAAGGGGCUUCUCUGGGUCAAGUCUGGUCCCAGUCCAUUGUCCAUGGGGGUCACAGCUUCUCUGAAUGUGGGUGAACUAUAACUCCCAGAACCAAGGCCCAUUCCCAGUGACCCCUGCCGUGUCUUCUGUUGGUCAAGGGGCUUCUCUGGGCCAAGUCUGGUCCCAGUCCAUUGUCCAUGGGGGUCACAGUUUCUCUGAAUGUGGGUGGACUAUAACUCCCAGAACCAAGGCCCAUUCCCAGUGACCCCUGCCGUGUCUUCUGUUGGUCAAGGGGCUUCUCUGGGCCAAGUCUGGUCCCAGUCCAUUGUCCAUGGGGGUCACAGUUUCUCUGAAUGUGGGUGGACUAUAACUCCCAGAACCAAGGCCCAUUCCCAGUGACCCCUGCCGUGUCUUCUGUUGGUCAAGGGGCUUCUCUGGGCCAAGUCUGGUCCCAGUCCAUUGUCCAUGGGGGUCACAGUUUCUCUGAAUGUGGGUGGACUAUAACUCCCAAAACCAAGGCCCAUUCCCCUAAGAGGACGGAGAGGCCGAGAGAGAGAGAGAGAGAGAGAGAGAGAGAGAGAGAGAGAGAGAGAGGUCUGUGGGGAGAGGGAGGCUCCCCUGAGGGCCCGGUCUGCCUCGGGAGGGGAGGAAAUGGAGGCCGCGGAGGGCGAGUGUGAGGCCUGAUCCGUCCCCGGCUGCCUUCGGGGCUCUCAGGGGAGGGAGGGAGGGGGGAAUCAUAGAGUCAUAGAAGAGUAGAGUUGGAAGAGACCUCACGGGCCAUCCAGUCCAACCCCAUUCGGCCAAGAAGCAGGAAAUCGCAUUCAAAGCACCCCCGACAGAUGGCCAUCCAGCCUCUGCUUCAAAGCCUCCAAGGAAGGAGGGAGCCUCCACCACGGCCCGGGGCAGAGAGAGAGUUCCACUGCCGAACAGCCCUUCUCACAGGGAGGAAGUUCUUCCUGAGGUUCAGGUGGAAUCUCCUUUGCUGUAGUUUGACGCCAUUGUUCUGUGUCCUAGUCUGCAGGGCAGCAGAAAACAAGCUCCUUCCCUCCUCCCUGUGACUUCCCCUCACAGAUUUGUACAUGGCUACAUUUAACUAGUUUCCUUGCCAGAAGGUCGUGGGGGACUUUGUCGAAGGCCUUACUGAAAUCCAGGUACGCUACAUCCACGGCAUUCCCUGUAUCGACCCAACUCGUAACUCUAUCGAAAAAAGAGAUCAGAUGAGUCUGGCAUGAUUAUUUUUUGGUAAAUCCGUGUUGACUAUUAGCAAUGACCGCAUUUGUUUCUAAGUGUUCGCAAACCACUUCCUUGAUGAUCUUUUCCAGAAUCUUGCCUGGUAUCGAUGUGAGGCUGACCGGACGGUAAUUGUUUGGGUCGUUCUUUUUUCCCUUCUUGAAGAUAAAUAGGGACCACAUUCGCCCUCCUCCAAUCUGCUGGGACUUCUCCCGUUCUCCAAGAACUCUCGAAGAUAAUUGCCAGUGGUUCUGAAAUAACUUCCGCUAAUUCCUUCAAUACUCUUGGAUGUAGCUGAUCUGGCCCUGGGGACUUGAAUUCGUUUAGAGUGGCCAAGUGUUCCUGGACAACUUGUUUCCCUAUUUGGGGUUGGAUUUCCCCCAAUCCUUCGUCCAUUCCAUGUUGCUGAGGUUGAAGAUGGCUUUCUUUUUGUGAGAAGACCGAGGCAAAGAAGGCAUUAAGCAGUUCUGCCUUUUCCCUGUCCCCUGUCGCCAUCACCCCAUCUUCUCCUUGCAGAGGCCCUAUCGCCUCCUUUUUCUUCCUUUUUCUACCAACGUAAGCAAAAAAGCCUUUUUUGUUGUUUUUUAUGUCCCUGGCAACUCCCAGGAUGCCCUCCUCCCAAGACGGGUCUCCACAGGACGCCUCUCGGGCUUGAAGGACAAGAGAGUUCUCUGGAGCCACCCCUGCCGUGAUGGGAAACGAACCAGCUUCUAGUCGACAUUAAGGCAUUUGGAAACCAAAGUGCAGAAAAGAAACCAGUCCUCUAGGAAAAAGGAUUCCUCUCAAGGGGCUGAUCUUGCUGAAUUCCUACAUUCACUUUGGAUUAUAGAGUAGAACCGUAGAGUCGGAAGAGACUGCAUGAGGCACCCAUUCCAGGCCUCUGCCGUGCAGGAAAAGCGCAAAGUACCCCUGACAGAUGAGCAUCUGGAUUCCAGAGGAGCCUCCACUACAUUUUGAGGCAGAGAGUUCCACUGCUGAACAACUCUUACAGUCAGGAAGUUCUUCUUAAUGUUCAGAUGGAAUCUACUUUCCUGUAAUUUGAACCCACUGCUGUGAGUAAUCAGAAAUGGAAAAACAAGAAUCAAGUGUCCUUAUUGGAAUUAAAUGUACAUAACAUUGUUGACAUGGAGGAGAAAGUAUAUAAAUGUAUCGAAUGUGGAAAGAGCUUUAAUCAGCAUGAAAAGCUGAAGAGACAUCAAAGGACUCACACUGGGGAGAAACCCUAUAACUGCCUGGAGUGUGGACAGAGCUUCACUCAGAAGGGAAAUUUACAUACACAUCAAAGAACUCACACCUGGGAGAAACCCUAUAACUGCCUGGAGUGUGGACAGAGCUUCACUCAGAAGGGAAAUUUACAUACACAUCAAAGAACUCACACCUGGGAGAAACCCUAUAACUGCCUGGAGUGUGGACAGAGCUUUACUCAGGGGGCACAUUUACGUUCACAUCAAAGGACUCACACUGGGGAGAAACCCUAUAACUGCUUGGAGUGUCGGCAGAGCUUUACUCAGAGUGGAACUUUACGUUCACAUCAAAGGACUCACACUGGGGAGAAACCCUAUAACUGCCUGGAAUGUGGAAAGAGCUUUGCUCGUAGUUCAGUCCUGCGUAGACAUCAAAGGACUCACACUGGGGAGAAACCCUAUAACUGCCUGGAGUGUGGACAGAGCUUCACUCAGAAGGGAAAUUUACAUACACAUCAAAGAACUCACACCUGGGAGAAACCCUAUAACUGCCUGGAGUGUGGACAGAGCUUUGCCCAUAGUUCAGGACUACGUUCACAUCAAAGGACUCACACUGGGGAGAAACCCUAUAACUGCCUGGAGUGUGGACAGAGCUUUGCUCAUAGUUCAGGACUACGUACACAUCAAAGGACUCACACUGGGGAGAAACCCUAUGAAUGCCUGGAGUGUGGACAGAGCUUUGCUCAUAGUUCAGGACUACGUACACAUCAAAGGACUCACACUGGGGAGAAACCCUAUAAAUGCCUUGAGUGUGGACAGAGCUUUGCUCAGAAGGGACACUUAGAUUCACAUCAAAGAACUCACACUGGGGAGAAACCUUAUAAAUGCCUGGAGUGUGGACAGAGCUUUGCUCGGAGUGGAACUUUACGUUCCCAUCAAAGGACUCACACUGGGGAGAAACCAUAGAAAUGCAUGGAGUAUGGACAGAGCUUUUCACGGAAUAAGUUUAUACAUCAUAGAAUCAUAGAAUUCAACCUGGAGAGAAUGAUGUUAAUUGACCCCAGAGUGUCAUUCUAACAUGUACAAAAGCAACUCUUGCACAUUUUGGAAAUUCAAGCUUAAAGUUGGGACAUUUCAUCAGAUGUGGUGUAUUGUAGAAAGAUUGAACUAAAAUAUGUUCCAUUCUGGAAGUAAACAAGGUUACAUGAAACUAGAGUUUUAUAUGCUGAGAAUGUUGGAUGAUCAAUUAGAAUGAAAGCAUGGGUAGUUACUGCGAGAUACUCAAGUAAGAAUUGACUGUACACAGGGAUGGAAGGAAUGUUUUAUUCCAAAGCAAAAACAAUGGCUUAUAAAGACCUGCAAAUUAGCCACAACGAACAAACUGACAACAACAACAUGGGCAAAUGUCAGUUGUAAUAGGUAUUAAUUGGAAGAGUGUUAUAACAAAUAGAAGUGUUAUAUGAUAUUAUCGAAAGGGAGUAGAAUAAUGAGAGAUAAAAAUUAACAGAUAGAAUGAGGCUUUUAGGCACGUAUCCCUGUCUGUUUUUUAGUUCAGUUGUGUGUCUAUGUAGGUCACUGUUUUGCAAGUGUGUUAGUUUCUGAUUUAGUUUUGUAUCUCAUGUAGUAGUUAGUUUCAUGUUCAGUUGAAGCAUUAUAAAUUAUUUCUGCCUUCCUUGUAUUGUUACUUUUAAUUUUUUUAUUUUCAAAAAAUAGGGUGAUUUAUAAGGGUCAAAAUGGCUGAAACUGGAGGGGUGGGUAGAAAUGGCUGACCUAUCGAUUUUCUGUAUUUGAAAACAAAUUGUAAUGCUUAGAACCGCUAUUAUGAAUUGUGAUGCAUGUUAACUUGAUUAUAGACAUAAUUGACACUGAAUCAGACAUGUAUACAAUAAAUUAGUCUUGAUGUAUCAAGGGUGUGUGUGUGUGUGUGUGUAAGGAACUGGAGUGUUUGUGUGGGUGCUUGUGAAGAACAGAAGAAACAGGCCUCAAAAGAAAAUGGAGUCCACGCAAAGUCUGACAUGGGAUGGACUUGGCGGGUGAAGCAAGGAAUCAGCAAGGCGUCUCUCACCUGGCAAGACGGAACGAGGGUCCAGGAAGGCCUAUCCGAAUAACCACGGGCAAUGAAGUGUGCAGCUGGCACCCCAUACGUCAUGCAGCCUGAGACUGAGCAUGUUUUGAAACCAGGCCGUAAGAACAGAAGGAGCCAAAAGAAGGACGAAACUUUAGGCCAGGGGUCCUCAAACCUUUGAAGUGGAGGGCCGGUUGACGGUCCUUCAGACUAUUGGGGGGGCUGGACUAGGAUGAAAUAGUCCAAAAUUAGGAUUGUUGUUGUUGUGUGCCUUCAAGUCAUUUCAGACUUAGGACAACCCCAAGUUCAGGACAGGGGCCAGGUCAAUGACCUUGGGGGCCGCAUCUGGCCCACGGGCCUUCGUUUGGGGACCCCUGCUUUAGACUAUCAAAUGCAGGGCCCUCAAAGAUCCAGCACGCUUUCCGGAACCGCCGAGACCACGUCUGUCGGGAGAACGUGAUCACCUCUUCCGAGCAGGGCCUGUGCGUGAGAAUAUGGAUGUAUGGGUCUGCGUGUGGGUGAGAGCUCUCUCGGGAUGUGAUUUUGAUAGGAUUGUGAUGUGAUUAUCAAUAAAUGUUACAAUGAAAGUGUUAAAACCAAA